AUGGGGUGUACAUUGACGGCGCAGGACAAGGUGGCAGUGGACAGGAGUAAAAUGAUUGACAAAAAUUUGCGGGACGCUGGAGACAAGGCAUCGAGAGAGGUUAAAUUGCUUCUCCUUGGUGCAGGUGAAUCAGGAAAAAGUACCAUUGUAAAACAGAUGAAAAUCAUUCAUGAGUCGGGCUACUCAGAGGAGGAGUGCAAACAGUACAAAGCAGUGGUGUACAGCAACACCAUCCAGUCCAUCAUAGCCGUAGUCAGAGCCAUGGAGCGGCUGAAGAUCGACUUUGCCGACUCCGCCAGAGAGGAUGAUUCCCAGCAGCUGUGUGUGCUGGCGGGCUCUGCCGAGGAAGGCUACAUGACUGGAGAGCUGGCUGGGAUCAUCCGCCGCCUGUGGAGGGAUGGAGGGGUGCAGGCCUGCUUCCUGCGCUCCAGAGAGUACCAGCUCAAUGACUCGGCUAGCUACUACCUGAAUGACCUGGACAGGAUCUCCAGUGGCAGCUAUGUCCCCACACAGCAGGACGUGCUGCGCAGCAGGGUGAAGACUACUGGCAUCGUGGAGACUCACUUCACCUUCAAGGAUCUGCACUUCAAGAUGUUUGAUGUGGGGGGCCAGAGGUCUGAGAGGAAAAAGUGGAUUCACUGCUUUGAGGGUGUGACUGCCAUCAUCUUCUGUGUGUCUCUGAGUGAUUAUGACCUGGUGUUGGCUGAAGAUGAGGAAAUGAAUCGGAUGCACGAGAGCAUGAAGCUGUUCGAAAGCAUUUGCAACAACAAGUGGUUCACUGAGACCUCCAUAAUCCAGUUUCUCAAUAAGAAGGACCUGUUUGAAGAAAAGAUCAAAAGAAGUCCUCUCACUAUCUGUUACCCAGAGUACACAGGAGGCAACACAUAUGAGGAGGCUGCUGCUUUUAUCCAGUGUCAGUUUGAGGACUUAAACAAAAGGAAAGACACUAAAGAGAUUUACAGUCACUUUACUUGUGCGACGGAUACCAAAAAUGUGCAGUUUGUCUUUGACGCUGUCACUGAUGUUAUCAUCAAGAACAACUUGAAAGAUUGUGGUCUCUUCUAG